CCAGCAACUCAUACAGUGGUUUGUACAGAUAACUAAAUACAUAAAUAUUACCAGACCUAUAUCGGUAUCGGUCGAUAUCGGAAUUGGAUAUUGAGUGUUUGGACAAUAUCAGCACACUGAAUAUCAAAUAUCACAGCAAAAAGUUAAUACCGAACAUCCCUAAUUACAUCGUUGACAGCCAUGAUAAUUGUACAUAUAGAAGUUCCACCCCGCGAUGUAUAAUUCAGGUUUUAUUUAUUUUAUUAUUCAUCUGACUGUAAACCAGAUUAAAAAGCAUAAUUCGGUGAUGACCAGCUCACAGAGGAGACCUUCUACUCUCUCACUCUCUAUGUCUCUCAAUCCCUCUCUCUCUCUCUCUCCCUCCUUGUCCUUCAUUUGAAUAAGUUGCUCUCUUCGUGCAUACAUGCGUCAACAAUGAACCAAGUCCAUUUCCACGGGCCUAUAGGAACCUUGAGCUGCGUCCUCAUUAUUCUGCUCCACGCAGUUCAUUGAAAAGCGACAUUGUUUCUUUAAGAUUGCACUUGCUCUCAUCCGCGCCUCUGUUCAUUGUUGGAGGGGAGGGGGGGGGGGUAUGCAGAUAGAGAGUUUGUGAUUGAUAUACGGGGGCCGCAGACAAGUUGUGCAUCAAAUCAGCGGAGCAGCCGCAGAGCAGGAGGCAGUGAGAGUCAACAAGUCCGCCAGGCAUCCUUCCAAACAUGGGUUGCUAUGACUGCUGUAUGCGCUGUUUGGGUGGGGUGCCAUACUGCUCCCUGGUGGCCACGCUGCUGUGUUUCUCUGGCAUCGCCCUCUUCUGCGGUUGCGGGCACCAGGCCCUCACAGAGACAGAGCGACUGGUAGCGCAGUAUUUCGCCCGUAACCCCCAGGACUACGACACCUUCGCCUACUUCAUUCUAUAUUUCCAGUAUGUCAUUUACGGCUUGGCCUCCUUUUUCUUCCUCUACUGCAUUGUGCUGUUGGCAGAGGGCUUCUACACCACCAGCGCUGCCAAGCAAACCUUUGGAGAGACCAGGAGCACCAUGUGUGGCCGCUGCCUCAGCUCCUCGUUUAUAGUGUUGACAUACGCGCUGGCCGUGCUGUGGCUGCUGGUGUUCGUCUCCUCUGCCCUGCCCGUCUACUACUUCUACAACAUGGCCUCCACCUGCCACACCAUUGACGUUCUGACCGAGACGCCGGCGAGCAUCAAUCAGCUCUGUGUUGAUGCCAGGCAAUAUGGCCUAUUACCAUGGAACGCAGUACCAGGAAAGGCCUGCGGAAUGACCCUGUUGACUGUUUGCAAGACUGAAGAGUACCAGAUGGCCUAUAACCUCUACAUCGCCGCCUUCGUCGGAGCGGGCAUCACUCUCUUGGCUCUGGUGCACUGUUUCCUGCACUUGGCGGUGUACCAGAGGAAGCUGAGGCACAGGGCAAAAGAGGAGUGGAGAGGCUACGACCUGUGCCUGAGGCUGCAGAGGGACUGGGGCAAGAGUCUGAGUUCUCCGUACCCCGCCCAUACUACGGACGUCUCACGAUUGGCCGAUUAGAGCGUCAGUGACAACCGUCGCAAAUGAGUCGGCCGUGGAAAUGAUGGCGUCGUUGUUACUGUUAAACUGCUUCCCUUCAUGGUUUUCUCCUAAUUUGGGCUAUCCCAUAGUUUGUUAAAUUUGUUUUAUUUCUGUAUUUGAUCGACAUUAUUUUAAAAAGAAAAGUCUUUUAGGUUUAAAAAAAAACAAUCCUGCCUCGGGUCAGAUUCACGUCGUAUAUGCUCGAAAUCCUAUUUUUAAUGAAGGGAAAAUAAAAAUGCAGAGCAUGUUUGAUAUUCCUUUUUUAAUAGAGAGGAAAUGAACACUCCUCACUCUCUUGGGUCCCACGCAUACUUGAGAAUUCAGUGACAUUCAAGGCCCUGUCUGAUGAAAUUUAAACAAGGCCUGUUUCGGGGUAAAAAGAAAAUACCAAAAGUUGCAUUUAUUGAUGUAACUGAGAAAUGAAAGGGAGAAGGCCGGGGGAAUUUGACGUCAAUAUCUCAGCUCUUUAUUAACUGGGACAUUUUUCUCCUCCCUGAUGAAGAAAUGUAGUCGGCGAAGUCAGCUAUUUUUGUUUUCAAAAAUAGCUAACAAAAUGUAUUGUUUUGAAGCUGCGUACAACAACAACAACAAAAAAACACGGACAAGAUUGUGUUUCCCUUUGGUUCGCCUCAUGUUUUAUUUGUAGCCAAGCACUGGAGGGUAUUCAAUACUUUGCCAGCAUGUUGGCAGAAUCAGGCGUAUCCAUUGUAGUGCAAAAAGAGAGGUGUAAGGGAAGCUGAGGAUUGGAUCAACAAGAGAUGAAAAGUCCUAACGUUCACACAUCUUACAUCACACACACACGUGGGGUAAGUACGGAGUAAAACGGACGACAAUCGCCAUACAAUUAAUGCCCUUUGCGAUUUACAUUAGCCGACAGUGAGGACAGGCCAGAGAAUUGAGCGUUCACAUUCAUAUUUAAAUAGUACAGUUUUUUAAAACAGUUCAAAAAUGAAACAAAACACUGACAUUAGACUCAAUGACAAAUGAGAGCUACACACCGUUAUGAUACCAGCUUGUACAGUAAAUACGCACUCCCUCUUAAGGUAAACACUGCGUUCGGCUACAUGCUCUGAACGGUAAAGUCGUCCAGUAAGAAAACGAACGCUUCUGUUUUAAUUCAGAAAGUAUUAACGCUGACAAACGACCAAACCUCAGCCCCCGGUUUCUGGCCUGCAAUUAACGCAGGCUAACAGCUCCAUUCUGUUCAAAUGCCAAAAUCAG